AUCCUACGUGCAAAUUCUAUGAAAAACUUCACUCGUUUGGAAAUUAAAAUUUUGUGACAAUUGUUAAGUAUUCUCGUCACAUUGUACUUCCUUUAUUUUCGUAGAAUAUAUUUACAAUUUAUAAUAUCUGGACAAAUAUCGCAAUGAGCAAAUUCAGAAGCAAGCCACGUCAAUUGCCAAAGCAUUUGGAUCCAAAAUAUUUGAUGUUCUCAAUAUUUACAGCAAAUGAUAUAAGAAAUCUAAGUGUAGCGAAAAUUAGGACACCCUUGUCUUUUAACAUCCUUGGACAUCCUCUAAAGGGUGGAUUAUAUGAUCCAUCUUUAGGCCCAUUAAUGGGAAACUCAGAACCAUGUAGCACAUGUGGUGGUAAUAUCCAUACUUGUCCAGGUCACUUUGGGCACAUAGAACUGCCGAUGCCAGUCGUUAACCCAUUAUUCCACAAAAGAUUAUGUAUGUUAAUCAAAUUGUCGUGCUUGUCAUGUUUCGCCUUUCAAAUACCGCCUUACGUCAAAUUGCUAUUAUCCGCAAAAUGGAAGUUACUUUAUCAAGGACAACUGAGUGAUAUUGAUGGUUUGGAUCAGGAAGUAACAUCAGCAGUAGCGGAAAUGCCGAAUGUUUUAGAAGCACAAACUGAAUACUUUCGCGAUUUUAUCGACAAUUACAUGGAAAAUCUCCACAACAGGAAUAGAUUCAGUCCUGAUAUGUCUCACGAGAAUCACAAGGAUCAAAUAAAUACAAAGAACAUCAAUAUGCAGUGGCACAUGUACGUCGAGAACAUACUGAAACAAUAUACCGCCGGGAAAAUAUGCAUCAAUUGUCACGAAGUUAUACCGAGGAUUUCAGUGAUGCAAAAUAAAAUAAUGACAACUAAAUUGAAUAGGGCUAAUCCUUCUAAAGAAAUAGUGUCUAGUACAAUAGUGCAUAAGUUGGAGACAGUGAUGAUCAUGCCGGAUCAGUCGAAAGAAUAUCUCCGCCAAUUGUGGAACAAUGAGAAGGAUUUUCUUAAGUUAAUUAUACCCUGUCUGGAUUUAAUGGACAUAGAAUAUCCCACCGAUAUAUUCUUCCUUGAAGUGAUAUCUGUAUUGCCGCCGAUCGUGCGGCCGGUGAACAUGCUUCACGGUCAAAUGAUUGAGCAUCCGCAAACCCAUGUGUACAAGAACAUCAUGCAAGACUGCCUCAUCUUGAGAAAUAUUAUACAAACUAUCCAAGACGGAGGUACAGAUCAGCUGCCUCAAGAGGGCCGGCUGGUCUUCGAUCAGAUAAGAGGACUCACGGCAAUCGAGAAAUUGCACAAUGCUUGGCAGGGUUUGCAAGUAAACGUAGAUCACCUGAUGGAUCGUGAAAUGGGCAAAACUUCGGAGUCUGCUCACUGUCAAGGCUUGAAACAGAUUAUCGAGAAGAAGGAAGGUAUCAUUAGGAUGCACAUGAUGGGUAAGAGGGUGAAUUUCGCUGCACGCUCGGUCAUUACUCCGGAUCCUAACUUGAAUAUCGACGAGAUCGGUAUCCCUGAGGCUUUCGCUCUCAAACUGACGUAUCCCGUGCCGGUGACACCGUGGAAUGUCGUUGAAUUACGGCGAUUGGUUCUGAACGGACCCGACAUCCAUCCCGGAGCGGUUAUGGUGGAGAACGAGGAUGGGCUGAUACAGGCCAUCAGCAAUAUCGACGCUACCAAGAGAGAAGCUAUCGCGAAGCGCCUCCUAACGGCGAACAGCAGAGCCAACAAGUUUUUCAGCGGCAUCAAGGUGAUACACCGUCACCUGCAGAACGGCGACGUGUUGCUGUUAAACAGGCAGCCGACGCUGCACAAACCGAGUAUAAUGGCGCACAAAGCACGUAUUCUUAAAGGUGAGAAGACCUUGCGUCUUCAUUACGCCAAUUGCAAAGCGUACAACGCGGACUUCGACGGCGACGAGGUGAACGCACAUUUCCCGCAGAACGAACUGGCCAGAAGCGAGGGUUACAACAUAGCCAGUGUGUCGAAUCAGUAUCUCGUGCCGAAAGAUGGAACGCCGUUGAGCGGCCUCAUACAGGAUCACAUGGUGUCCGGUGUGCGAUUAACGUCCAGAGGUAGAUUCUUCUCGAGGGCGGAUUACAUGCAGCUGGUGCAUACCGCGCUGUCGAUGAAACGAGGCAACAUUAUUCUCUUGCCGCCGGCCAUCAUCAAGCCGCGAUCACUAUGGUCGGGCAAGCAAAUUCUAUCGACCGUUAUUAUCAAUAUUAUUCCCGCCGGUAAGGCGCGAAUCAAUUUAACUUCCAACACGAAAAUCAGUUUGAAGGAGUGGCAGGUGAGCGAGUCGCGACGUUGGAAGUGCGGGAAGGAAUUCGAGGAUCCGAAAACCAUGUCGGAGGUGGAAGUUGUAAUUCGCCAUGGCGAGCUGUUGUGCGGUGUGCUCGAUAAAACGCAUUACGGCGCGACCCCCUAUGGUCUCAUUCAUUGUAUCUACGAAUUGUACGGCGGUGUGUGCGCGAGUAAGACGCUGAGCGCAUUCGGCAAGCUCUUCCAAGCAUUCUUACAGUGGGACGGAUUCACGCUCGGCAUCGAGGACAUUCUGAUAACUCGCGAGGCCAACGAGAAACGCAGAAAAAUCGUCGCCGCUAGUAAAUUGAUAGGAGUUGAUAUACAGAAAUCCGUCGUGGAUACAUCCACAGAUGACGUAAGAGACAGAAUGGAGGAAUCCUACUGGAAUAACGCAAAGUUUCGCGCGCAGGUCGAUCGCAAGUACAAAAACGCGCUGGACGUCUACACCAAUGACAUUAACAAAACGUGCUUACCGGCAGGGCUGUCGAAAAAAUUCCCGGACAAUAAUUUGCAACUUAUGGUGCAGUCCGGCGCAAAGGGGUCCGCAGUGAACACCAUGCAGAUAUCGUGUUUGCUGGGGCAGAUCGAGUUGGAAGGUAAAAGGCCGCCGUUGAUGAUCAGCGGGAAGAGUUUGCCGAGUUUCCAGGCGUACGAUCCGACUCCCAGAGCCGGUGGCUUCAUCGUCGGCAGAUUCAUGACCGGCAUCAGGUCUCAGGAAUUCUUCUUCCAUUGUAUGGCGGGUCGCGAGGGUCUCGUCGAUACCGCUGUGAAAACGAGUAGAUCCGGUUAUUUGCAGAGAUGUCUCAUCAAGCAUCUGGAGGGUCUGGUAGUCAAUUACGAUUCGACGGUCAGGGACUCUGACGGCAGCCUGAUUCAGUUCUAUUACGGCGAAGAUGGUCUCGACAUACCUGGCUCGCGUUUCUUGAAGAAGAAACAAAUGCCUUUCCUGGUCGAUAAUAAAGACGCUCUUAUGGACGCGGCGACAUUGGAGAGUCUCAAAGCAGGAUCGAGUAAUAAUGAAAAGAUCGCGAAGAUAACGAAGAAGAUCAAGAAGUGGCGGAUUAAAAACGGUUCACCUUUGGAGAAGAGGAGAAUCAGCGAAUUUAGUAGAUUUUCCUCGGAGAAUGUUAAUCAGAAUAACAAUACGAAGAAAAAUAGCAUUGAGAAGCAUUGCGGAAGGACUAAGGCCGCGCUGACACUUGUGAAAAAAUGGGUGAAAGCGGAUAAGGAGACGAGGAAAAUGUUUCGCGCGCAAUGCGCAAGGUGUCCCGAUCCGAUAAUGUCGAGGUACAGGCAAGAUGUUGAAUUUGGCGUACUGUCAGAACAAUUGGAGGGUUUACUGGAAGAAUAUCUGUCCCGUUCAUCGAAUAUCGCCAGGAAGGACCUGAGGGAUCUGUUAUCCAUGAAAGUUAUGAAAACUAUCUGUCCACCCGGUGAACCAGUCGGUUUGUUAGCGGCGCAAUCUAUAGGCGAGCCGUCCACCCAGAUGACCUUGAAUACGUUCCACUUUGCGGGUCGUGGGGACAUGAACGUGACCUUGGGUAUUCCCAGAUUACGGGAGAUUCUGAUGAUGGCAUCGAAGAAUAUAAAAACUCCGAGCAUGGAGAUACCUUUCAAGAGCAACUUGCAAAAUCUUGCGAAGCAGUCGAAGAAGCUGCGCGUGAAAUUAACAAAGUGCGUUUUAAGUGACGUUCUAAAGACAAUUGCGAUAAGCAGGGAAAUGGAAGAUACAUCGAACAGAAGAUUAGUGCAUACUAUAAGGAUAGAGUUCCUGCCUCACAAAUAUUACAAGGGAGAAUUCUCCGUUUAUCCGCGGUACGUGAUGAAGCGUACCGAGGAAAUUUUCUUUAAGAAUAUAUUUAAGGAAAUUAAAAAAGUCGCCAAAGUAACGGGCAAUUUAUUACAUUUUGAAGAGGAUAAUAAAAAACAGACGAACGACGAGGAUGCAACGUUAGAUCAGACUGAUCCUGACGAAGGAGAAGGUGCGGAAAGAAGAGUAGGUAUGCGGAGAGACUUAGGAGAGAUGCAUGAAUCAUCCGAUGAGGAAGAUGCUGCGGAAGACGCUGAUGCCACGAUGAGUAGAUCGAUAUCGCGUCAUCGAGAGAAUCAGGAAUACGAGGAUCCCGAAGAAGAGGAAAUAGAAAGUGUCAUGAACGAUAAAGACGAAGAGGCAGACGGUAAUAACGCAAAUAAAGCUCCGGGGAACGAGUAUGAUGAAGAUGAUGACGAUUAUGUAACAGAGGAGUUAAAUUACAAGAAAAAUGAUAAACAUAAUACUACAAGAAGAAGUGAAGUCACACAUAUGUAUAAGAAUGCUUUGGAUUAUGAUUAUGAUGAAAAUAAAUUCUCUUGGUGUCAAUUUGUAUUCUGGUUACCGCUUAAGAUGAUAAAAUUAGAUCUGCCAACGAUAAUUAGGAAUGUUGCGAGCAAAACUGUCCUAUGGGAAACCCCGUGUAUCAAGAGAGCCUUUACUUUCCAAAAUAAUGAAGGCGAGACUAUUCUCAAAACAGACGGUUUGAACAUAGUGGAAAUGUUUAAAUAUGAUAAUGUUCUUAAUUUAAACAAAUUGUAUUCGAACGACAUCUACAAUAUUUCUCAAACAUAUGGAAUUGAAGCUGCAAACAGAGUCAUCAUAAAAGAAGUUAGAGACGUCUUCAAAAUGUAUGGUAUCACUGUUGAUUCUAGACAUCUGUCAUUAAUUGCGGACUAUAUGACGUUUGAUGGCACAUUCCAACCGCUCAGUCGUAAAGGAAUGGAGAGUUCUGCCUCGCCAUUACAACAAAUGAGUUUCGAAAGUUCAUUGAACUUUUUGAAAAAUGCGACAUUGGAGGGUAAAAAGGACAGUUUAUUGUCGCCUUCGAGUAGACUUAUGUUGGGACAACCGUGCAAAUCUGGUACCGGAACGUGUUCUCUAUUGGUUAAUAUGUAGGAACCAUCAUCCACUUACCACUAUCCACAGGAGCAAUCAUCCACUUACAUCAUUACAUCUCCGAUAUUUUUAUACUUAUUAUUAUACAUAAAUGUUAUGUA